CCCGCUCUGGAACUCUAAUGGUGUAGUUAGGGUUUGUGCAGGGCAAGAAGGAUGGGAAACACUUCGUCGAUGCUCACUCAAUACGACAUAGAAGAAGUCCAGGAGCACUGCAACAACACCUUUUCACAGCAGGAAAUCGUCUCACUCUAUCAGAGGUUCUGUCAGCUGGACAGAAAUGGUGGUGGAUUCAUCUCGGGGGAGGAGUUCUUAUCAGUGCCGGAGUUUGCUGUCAAUCCUCUCUCUCAGAGAUUGCUGAGGAUGUUGGAUGGCUUGAAUUUCAAGGAAUUUGUAGCUUUCUUGGCUGCAUUCAGUUCACGUGCUAGUUUGCAACAGAAAAUUGAAUUUAUAUUCAAGGUUUAUGAUUCGGACUGUAAUGGGAAGGUUAACUUCAAUGAUAUAUCGGAGGUAUUGCGUGAUUUGACAGGAUCAUUCAUCUCUGAACAGCAGAGGCAGCAAGUCCUGACCCAUGUCCUUGAGGAAGCAGGCUACUCUAAUGAUGCUUCAUUUGUCUUAGCAGACUUUAUAAAGAUUCUUGGCAACUCGGGAAUGAAGAUGGAGGUUGAAGUUCCAGUGGACUGAUGA